CCUCUAUACCCGCGUUCCAUCCCAAAACCACCCAUCAUGCCUCCCCGGCUCAAGGCUCUGCGCCUUGGCUCGUCGCUUCUUUGCCAAUCGCAAAUUCUACCGAAGACCUCGUCGAUAUCCCCACUCCUGCUCCCUACCCAGCAGCGCUUCGCUUCGAUUCUCUCCUCGCUCUCCGAUAACAAAGGCGCGUACAGCAAGAAGAUUCGCCGUGGUCGUGGCCCAGCUUCUGGUAAGGGAAAAACUGCGGGAAGAGGUCAAAAGGGUCAGCAUGCGCACGGAAAAGUACCCGCUGGGUUCGAGGGUGGACAGACGCCAUUGAGUGUCACAACACCUGUAAGAGGACGGAACAAGUACAAUCCAUUCAAAGUGGAAAUGUCACCUAUCAAUCUUGAUCGCAUCCAAUCGUGGAUAGACCAAGGCCGCAUUGAUGCCUCAAAGCCGAUCACAAUCAAGGAGCUACACAAAUCCCGGUGUCUACAUGGCGUCAAGAGACAUGGCGUUAAACUUUUGGGACGAGACGUCGAUGCACUUACCUCCGCCAUCAACAUCAUUGUCUCGCGCGCCUCUGCCUCUGCAAUUGCGAAAGUCGAAAGUCUCGGCGGCUCCGUGACCACACGCUACUACAGUCCAACAUCCCUCAAGCGAGUCUUGCGGGGUGACUCGCAUCCAACAAUCUCUCUAGAAGCCUCCCCCGAGCUGGUGGCAAAGACUUCGUCUACUGGUGUAAUCCCAUCACCCAUACUCAGCCAACUCCAAACCGCAUUCGCCCCUAAGAAGAAACGCUAUUUGUCCAAAAACGUCACUUUGCGCAGACAGGAAGCUUUAAGCGCUCUCAUGAGCCAGGUUUCCAAACAAUACAAGUACAGACUCCCCGAUGCCACGGCGAGGAAGGAUAUCGAAUACUACAGGGACCCGGCGCAUAGAGGAUAUCUGAGCUAUAAGAUGAGAGAAGGCGAGAGCCCAAGUUUGUUCUUCAAGAUACCAAACUCCUUGAAAAGGGGUUCCGUCAAGCCGGAUACCAAAAAGAAGACAGCCAAAACUACCGUGGAAAACAGGUUGUUCUAG